GUUUAUUAGCCGAACACGGCAGUGCGUGUUCAGUCCGGACACGCCUGUCGUUGGUGGUGGAGCCGCAGUCACACUCUUUGUCACACUUUGCGCAUUCAUCGGUGGUUUGGUACCGGACUCUGAAACAUGUCGGCUAAUGGAGCUGCACCCGGAGUUGACUCCACGGACGCAAGACAAGGCGUUGGGCAGCAAUCAGGAGGAGCUUCCUCUGCCUCUGCUGCCAUGGAUGUGGAUGCCAAGCCCCACGCCCACAGCUUCAGAUACAGCCUGAGCUUCCCCAGCAUCGGCCAGUGCAUCAUCAUCAACAACAAGAACUUUGACAGAAAAACAGGCAUGAAUCAGCGAAAUGGUACUGAUGUAGAUGCAGCCAGCGCUAUGAAAGUGUUCAGCGCCUUGGGAUAUAAAGCGAUGGUUUACAAUGACCAGACGGUGGCGCAGAUGGUGCAGGUUUUAACUGCUGCGUCAAAGGAGGAUCACAGCUGCUCGGCUUCAUUCAUUUGUGUUCUGCUGAGCCACGGGGACGAGAAUGUGUUCUUUGGUACCGAUGGCCAAAUAGAGCUGAAAUAUCUUACUUCACUGUUUCGCGGUGACCGGUGCAGAUCACUGGUGGGAAAACCCAAACUCUUCUUCAUUCAGGCUUGCAGAGGCACAGACCUGGAUCCAGGGAUUGAAGUAGACAGUGCAGACAGUGGAACUUCCAGGAUCCCUGUAGAAGCUGACUUCCUCUAUGCCUUUUCUACAGCCCCAGGCUACUACUCAUGGAGGAAUACCAUGACCGGAUCCUGGUUCAUCCAGUCACUGUGCGAAAUGAUCAGCAAAUAUGGAAAAGAGCUGGAGCUACAACACAUCAUGACUCGGGUGAACCACAAGGUGGCAGUGGAGUUUGAGUCCAUCUCCAACUCGCCCGGCUUUGAUAGAAAGAAACAGAUCCCAUGCAUCAUCUCUAUGUUGACAAAAGAGAUGUAUUUUUCCCUCUGAUGCUGUCUCCGCGGCAGAAAGCUCAAUCCAGAAGGGUCUUUAUAUAGCAGGGGAAGUGUUUUUAGGGUGGUGGAGUUAGGUCCUUGUCAUUUCUGGCUGUUUAGCAGAAAUAUUUAUGGGAGAGUAGUUGUGAUGUAAACUCGCUGUCAUAUUUCACAGGUCUGGCAUUAUGCAUGUUAUUAUUUGUGUGUGUCGUAGGGUUCUCUGGCAUUGAGCGUUUUAUCUCAGCGGCUGCAUUUUUACACAUUUAGCCGAACUUUUAAUCAACACUGCAAAUGAGACAUGUUUACAAUACACACAUUUCAGGGAAUGUCAGCUACAGGUCUGAUAUGAAGUUUGAGCCUCAGUAUUUGUUUAAUCAUGAAGGAUGUGUCUACAGCUUGCGUUUUAUUUUAACUCUAGUGUCUCUACAAGAUGGUAUCAUGUGCCUGUUUUUCAUUCUUUGUCUUUCUUAUACUAAUGGGUCGGUGUAGAGACAUCGAUUGUUAGGUUUACACAACAGCAAAUAAUAAAUCAGUCAGCAUAUUUGCUGUAUCAAACACUUGCACUUAGAAGACUGAAUUUAAAGAAGACUUUUUGUAGCAUGGACUUGAACAGGGAUCCAAAUAGAAGCUUUGGUGCGUUUCAUUGGCUGGUUGCUUGAGUAAAGCCAGCCAACCUGCACUGUACCAUCAGCUGAGGGAUAUGUCGUUGAGCAUUAGUUUUUCUCCCGUGUUCUCCUCCUAUCGUUUCCUAUAAGCAACUGUGAAACUGCGAUCGUAAUGAUGCAUAAUUUGAUAAUUUUUUACUGCAUUUGACAGGAUCAAACUUUUUACAACCACUUGAUUCACUUUUGCAGUGAAAAACAUUUCUAUUUGACAAUCCAGUUUUUCAGGCUGUUUCACUAUAAGAUCACAGUUUUGUAAUCAGUUGCACAGAUAUUUGUCUUUUCUUAAAAAUAAAUACCACUCAUUGCA